UCAGUAUGCUUCAGAAACAUACUGAACAACCAACGACAAGCAAAACUUCACCUCCAAUGGAAGAAGAAACUUAUGAUGAAAUUAACAUCCAAAAUGAAACUGCUCACCAGGGGCCCAACUCAAAGGAACGUUUAUCGGAGAAGGAAGCAGAAAUAAGACGUCGGUACCAUCAGAUGUUGGCUUUAUGUUUUGGGACUUUUUGUGUCUUCUUGGUAUUGGGAAUCAUAAGAGUUGCUAUAAAUCAAAGCAACAUCCACAAUCUGACCAUGGAAAUCCAGGAGCUCAAGGAGAAAAACCAGAACCUGGAGGGAGAAACGAGAACCUUGAAGGAACAAAUAGACAACAUGACGAAAACUCACAAUGAGCUCAAUGUCAGUCGAGCUCAGUGGAGCAUUGAUGAAUACUGCCGUAAUGACAAGGGAAAGAAGUGUGGACCUUGUCAGUCUGGCUGGAAUCUCUUCAGCUCCAGCUGCUAUGCAURUAAUAAUGCAAAACUUGCUGAUCAAAGAAACUGGGAUGCAGCACAACAAGACUGUAAAGGAAAAGUUUCACAUCUUGUUGUUGUAGCAAAUCAAGAGGAAAAGAAUUAUGUCAAUAAUAAUGUCAGUCCUGCUGGAGCAGGAAUUAAUGGAUACUGGAUUGGCCUGAGAGCUGAAGGAAACAAAUGGAAAUGGAUCGAUGGAACUGAACUAGCUAACCAGGACUGGAUAAAAACAGCUGCAGUCGACGGUCAGUGUGUAACUUCCCUCCAAACUAGAGAAUGGAAGUCAGUGAGCUGUACAGAGAGGAAUGCCUGGAUCUGUGAAAAGAAGGCUUUAUCUGUUUAAUAGGUCACAUUAAACUGAUAACGUUUAAAUCUCCAAACGGCAUCAGGGAAUAUUUGAAUGUAAAUAUAGGUUACCAAUUAGGACUAGACUUUUAUUUAGCUGCUUUUAUCUCUCAUAGCAAGUAAAAGUCUGUUUGUCGACAUCGGUUUAUACUCAUAACCAGUUUUUUUUUUAUGUAUACAUUUUAUAAGAUUUUUAAGGGUCCUGUUUAGUACAUAUUUUAUGUGCCCAUCUUGUUUAUUUAAUCAAGUUAUUUAGAAAU